AUGAAGGAUUUUAUAUUCCAAGAAAACCAGAAAUUUGUAAGAGAAGUUAUAACAAAAUGGAAAAUCGCCUUCUUAAAGAAGAAGGGAGAUACCAAGAACUUGUAUGACAUAGAAAAGCAAAAAGAUCUCUCUCUAAUGCACAGCAUAUUAAAAAUUUGGAAACAAAUAAAAUCUAUGCGUAGACACCAAGAAUAUACAAGUACACCUGUAAAGUUACAGUUUCAAAAAGGGCUUAUUAAGAAAAAGGAAGGUGGUGACUAUAAAGCAGAAUUAGCACAAGAUUUUAAAAGAGAGACAGUGCUAGUGGGAGAAGAUGAUGAUCACCAGGAGCAUUUUUCAGAAAUGUGGAAAGAACAGAAGGAUCUUUUGGAUUCAGCUAUUUCAUUUGAAAGUUCAGCUGAACUUCAAGAGAUAAAGGAAUGUAUUUUCAUACCACAUCUUACUCUUGCUGCAGAAGUAACACCAAUGUUUAAGUGUCCCAUGCAUGAACAGAAGAGAAGAACAAAAGUACAGAAGAAACAAUACUUUAUUAAAAUAUUUUACAAUGAAAAACAAGUCUCUUGUACUUCCGUGGCUCACCUCCAGCUGGAUUUUAAAGUGAUUUUUCAGCAAACUUUUAAUAUUCAGUUAUUAAAUUGGCCUGAAUCUCUUCGAUUGGAGGUAUAGUUAUUUAAUUUACUUCUGUGCUUUACUUCUAUACCACAUUUGAGACUUUCUAUAACUCCCUUUAAAGUCCAUGAAAAGACUUGUGUUAGAGGGUAAUUAUAGGUCAGUUAGCCUGCCAUAA